AGGACAUCAAACAUCAUGGCUCCGAUUGAAUGUGAAAGUUAGAAACUGUAAUGAUUUGUAAAUAUGUGAGGUGAAGUAUGUAUAAUCUUUAUUUUUUCAGUAGGUAAUUAAAACUUUAUUGUUACAGUAGGUCAGUGUUGUCAAUCCUUUUUUCGGCCUCGUGGGCCAAAUAUUUUUUUCCCGUGUAACCAAGGGCCGCGCAUGUCAUGUCAAAAGAUAUAUUUAAAAAAUACCUUCUUCGGAAAACGAUUAAAAUUAUUAAUACUUCUAAACUUAUGAAUAAAAAAACAAAAAUCAAAUAAAGUAUUUGGCUUAUCAAUAAUAUAAAUAAAGCGUAAAAAGAAUAUAGCUAUUAUGUAUUGAAAAGUUUUGCUUUAAAUUGUAUUAAAACUUGUCUAAAUUUUCAAGUACGAUUAAGGUAGAUGUUUUUCCGCAUCGUCAUUAUCGAUUGAAUGAGUAUUUAUAAAUCGCCGAUAUCCAUGCCACUUAAGUGUCUUUAGCAUGCUCACUGCGCACAUUAUCCAUCUAAGCCUAUGUCUGCCUUGAGCCUUUUCAUAUGGAGUUUCGGUGAUGCAUCCACUUCACUCUUCUGUCAUCUGGCAUCCUUUCUAAGUGUUCGGUCUGCCGAAGCAAGCCCUUUUUAUUGCUGCUACUAGCGUGGGAUCCUGAUACAGACUGUACGAUUCCUGGUUGUUUCGUAUUCUCCAUCCAUAUUGAUCCUGUGCUGGUCCAUAUAUUUUCCGGAAAACUCUUCUGCUCCGUGUGUUUAAUGGAUUGUCUGCCGUUUUUGUUAGUGUCCAGGUUUCACCUGCAUGGUCUAAAUACAGUUUUAUAUAUGGUAUAUAUAUAUAUAUAUCACUUGUAGAUCACAUGUGUAUCCCUUUUAGCGACACAUUCUCAUGAGAAGAAUAGAUUAACAUAUUAAAUUAAAAAGAAAUAAUUUUUAAAUUACAUUAUUUGUUCCCAGAUCUUAUUUUUCCAUCUGCAACAAGAUCCUGCGCAUAAGAGGUUUAUAUUCCAGUGACAAGAUCCUGCGUCUAAGAGGUUUUGGUUCCAGUAACAAGAUCCUGAGUCUAAGAGGUUUUGAUUCCAGUGACAAGAUCCUGAGUCUAUGAGGUUAUGCUUCCAGUGACAAGAUCCUGAGUCUAAGAGACUUGGAUCCAGCGAGCUAAUCUUUAGCUAUCAACUAUGCAGAAAUUAACUGAACUUGUCGUUGGUCUCUUGGUGAUAUUUGCAGUCAGGAAAGGUGAAAGAUAAUUUAAAACUGUAAAAAACAUAAGUCCGCAUUGCCAGGGAUAUUGGCUUUAAACAAGUUAUAUUCCUAAUAGAACAAAGAUUUGUUGACCCUUUUUUAACACCCUCAGAGGAUGUGACUUUAAGAAAAUAGUUUUUUUCAAGACUUGAUGAGUUAGUAAACGUUAGCCAAAGGGUAUACGAUAAUGUCACUGUGUGUGGUAACAUUAGAAAUGAAAAAAAAAUAUACCAUACUGUCACUGUGUGUGGUAACAUUAGAAAUGACCAAAAAAUAUACCAUACUGUCGUCACUGUGUUUGGUAACAUUAGAAAUGACCAAAAAAAUAUACCAUACUGUCACUGUGUGUGGUAACAUUAGAAAUGACCAAAAAAUAUACCAUACUGUCACUGUGUGUGGUAACAUUAGAAAUGACCAAAAAAAUAUACCAUACUGUCGUCACUGUGUUUGGUAACAUUAGAAAUGACCAAAAAAAUAUACCAUACUGUCACUGUGUGUGGUAACCUUAGAAAUGACCAAAAAAUACACCAUACUGUCACUGCGUGUAAUCAAGAUUAGAAGUGACAAAAGGUUACGAUAAUGUCACUGUGUGUGGUAACAUAAGAAAUGACACCAAAAAAAUAUACCAUACUGUCACUGCGUGUAAUCAAGAUUAGAAGUGACAAAAGGUAUACGAUAAUGUCACUGUGUGUCGUAACAUUAGAAAUGACACCAAAAAAAAAAUACCAUACUUCCCUGUCAUUAAAUCAAGAUUAGAAGUGACAAAAGGUAUACGAUAAUGUCACUGUGUGAGGUAACAUUAGAAAUGACACCAAAAAAAUAUACCAUACUAUCACUGCCUGUAAUCAAGUGAUGAAAAGUGACAAAAAACUAUAACAUAAUGUCGCUGCGUGUGGUAAGAUGAGGAGUGACCAAAAGUGUACCACAAGAUAAAAUUUAAAUCAAAACAACAACAAAAAAAACGUCACUUCUUCACUUUACUCUUGCAGGGAUUACCGACCCCGAGGAAUAUCAGAUGUGGAGAAGACCUGUGAGAACGUUCAUGGACCCUGUGGAUUUCCGGAAAAGAACUUGCCCCGACGGCUUCGUCCAGGAUGUCGAUUACUUAAUCAUCAGCGGCGUCGUCAACGUCACCGACAUAGGCCAUCCGCCCCUGGACGCAUGUGUUUUAGUUUUUUAUGAAGAAGGCGGAGGCUUCACCCAUGUAAGUUGGAGCUCGUGUUUUAGUUUUUUUUAAGAAGUAGGCGGAGGCUUCACCCAUGUAAGUUGGUGCUCGUGUUUUAUUUUUUUAAGAAGUAGGCGGAGGCUUCACCCAUGUAAGUUGGAGCUCGUGUUUUAGUUUUUUUAAGAAGUAGGCGGAGGCUUCACCCAUGUAAGUUGGUGCUCGUGUUUUAUUUUUUUAUGAAGAAGGUGGAGGCUUCACCCAUGUAAGUUGGUGCUCGUGUUUUAUUUUUUUAAGAAGUAGGCGGAGGCUUCACCCAUGUAAGUUGGUGCUCGUGUUUUAUUUUUUUAAGAAGUAGGCGUUGGCUUCACCCAUGUAAGUUGGAGCUCGUUUAUUUUAUUUUGAUUAUUUUUUUUUUCAUAACGUUCCAAUUAUGCGGCUCAUAUCCGAUGAGAUCAGUGGUUUUCAAACUUCCUAGGGGCGUGACCCUUUAAUACAGCGCCCCACGUUGUGGUGACCCCCAACCAUAAAAUUAUUUUCGUUGCUAUAUUAAUAACACUGUAGAGUACAUGAGUUUUCCGAAUGGUCUUUGGCGACCCAUGUGAACGGGUUGUUCGACCGCCCCAAAGCCAAAGGGGUCGUGAGCCACGGGUUUAGAGCCACUGGAAUAGACUGUAUUCUUUGGUUGUGUCGGUAUCAUAUUAUGUCAUUGUCAGAGAUAUGAAGAUAUGAAACACUAAUGGGAGACAAGUAGUAUGGUUAAUAUUUGUUGCAUAAGAUUGUUUGGGACUUAAGAGGAACUUGGCCAAUCAGAGUUUUGGUUGAAUAAAGUUGCGUAGGAAAAAAAAAAAUGGUGGGGGGGGGGGGGAAAAAUUUUUUAUACUUUUUUUUUUUUUGUAAUUUUUUUAAACUCUUUUAAGUUUUAAAGUUUUUUUUUUUUUUUUUAUUUUUUUNAACACUAAUGGGAGACAAGUAGUAUGGUUAAUAUUUGUUGCAUAAGAUUGUUUGGGACUUAAGAGGAACUUGGCCAAUCAGAGUUUUGGUUGAAUAAAGUUGCGUAGGAAAAAAAAAAUGGUGGGGGGGGGGCGAAAAAUCAUUCAUACAGUUCUGAUAUUAGCAAUAUUUUUAAACUCCUUUAAGAUGUAAAGCUCAUUUUGUUUAUUUUAUUUAUUUUUUUUUUGUUUUUUUUUUUUUUUUUUUUUUUUUUUUUUUUUUUUUUUUUUUUUUUUUUUUUUUUUUUUUUAUUUUUUUUUUUUUUUUUUAUUUUUUUUUUUGUUUAUUUUUUUUUUUUUAUUUUUUUUAUUAAUGUCAUUAUUAUUGAUAUUGUUUUAAUUACGGUAAUAUUAUAUUCAUUAUCUUUAUAAUAUUAUUAUUAUCAAUAGUAUUACCAUCAUCAUUAUUAUUAUUAUUGUUUAAUUAUUAUUGUUAUCAUUUAUUAUUAUUAUUAUUAUCAUCAUCAUCAUCGAAAUAUUAAGACCUAACGGAGGUCUACCUAAUUAUUUUAAUUUUCCAGAUCUGGAAGUCAAGAUAUCACUUGGGGAAAGAGCCGUGCGUCGACCUUAAGCGGGUGCCUGCGACGUCGUGCCGUUGUCUAGCGCAGGACGCCAAGCAGAUUCGUAUCAAGUGCAACAUAACAAUGAAAACGGAGUAUCACAGAAGUAUCUUUGCGUUGGCUUAUCUAUCCAACACGCUCUACGUCAGUGCAGCGUCGGAGCGCCUCCCUAACGUAUACAGUUAAGUCACUUGGACCUCAUAGCAUUCAUUUGUUUCAAAUAUAUUAAUAUUAAAAUGUUCCUUUGAUUAAAAGGAAAAGGCUUGUUUGUUUCAGUACGGUUAUAUCAAGUUAAUUGUCCCAAAUGUAAAAAUAGGCAUGUUUUUGAGUUAUGUUAUAGCCUUUGUGUCGACCUAAUUUUGCUUCAACGUAGCGCUCUGACGAUCCCCCACUUGUUUCUCCCCCCCCCACACCCCUCCCAAUCGACUUUUCUGAUUUAAUAUCAACCUCACCAAUAAAAUGUGUAGCACUCUUACCUUUACACAUGGCUCCCUUGAGUGGGAAAAGUUUAUUUACAUUCUAAUUUGUUCUAAAGUAUGCUAUCGGAUGAUCCAAAUUUCUAGAAUUUCUUCUCUGGGCGUGUGUUCUAACUGCCUCUAUAUGAAUAAGCCGGCAGCUUUCCCAGCUGAAAGCCAUUGACUAGAUUUACUAGACACGAUACAUCUUUAAAAUAGGAGUCUUUAAUGAUUGUACUCUGAGCGUGUGAAUACAUAUCUAUGUUAAUAUUUGUUUCUUUUGAGGGGUAUACUUUUUCCCUUUCUUUGCUGUAAGUUAGUAUAAUUUUUAUUGAUAUAGUUUUGAUUUGCAUUUUUAGAAAAUAAUUAACAUUCUUCAUCCCUAAUUAAGAAUCAAAGCGCGGUUGACAACAACCAUUUAUGACAAUUUAUGUUUUUCCACAUUAAAAUACAAUGUUAAGACAACUAGCUUUGAUAUCUUUUUUUUCUUUUGUAUGGUUUUUUUAGUCUUUUUUACGUAUGGUUCAUAACGAGCCAAAUCUUAGAACAGAUUAGAUUUGUAUAACCAUAGAACGGUACGUAGCAAGGUUUUGAACCGAAUUUCUAUUACUCUCAGAUCUUGUUGACUGACCAGACAGACUAUGUACCUUUUCAGAGUAAAUAACAUGUAAAAAUCUGGUUACUUUACUCACAUUUUGAGGUUGGUAGGCUAAAAAUAGUUUGAUUUGAUCAUUAUCUAUCAAGGUGUAGAGCUUGAGAGGACAGUCAAAGGGCACAAGAACAUAGAAAUAAUGCCCCCUCCCCCCCUCCCCCCCCCCCGCACCAAUCCCAUUAAAAAAAAUCAUUAACGGGAUCUACCUGUUUUUCAAAAUACGUCCAGCCUUGAAUGGCACGUGUUCAGAGCAUUGCUGCCCCUGAAACAAGUAAUUCGUUUUCAGAAACCUCAGUAAAGGUGUUAACCACGGCCUAGCGAAACUGAGAGAAAGAAAUGCAGGGGGGCGAUGCGUUCAUCCCAUAUCCUAUUGGAGUGUCACAAAACAACGAACUCUCGGCGUCAAAUGAAAUUAAUUAAAGUUUAAAAUGGAUCUUCAUGUCUCGUCUUGUCGCAUCUUUCACUGUUGGUCACUUUUUAUGUUUAAUUUAAUAGAUAAGAAAAGACGACACCGCACAGGGGGGGGGGGUCCUAUUGCGUAUUGAUAAGCCACUUGCCAAAUCAUUCAACUGCGCGAUACCUAAAAGGGUUUCCCUAGAGAAUCGAAAAAUCCUUCUUAAUAAACCCGACAUCUUUUUUAUUUUUAAUUUAAUAGAAAAGAAAAGACGACACCGCACAGGGGGGGGGGUCCUAUUGCGUAUUGAUAAGCCACUUGCCAAAUCAUUCAACUGCGCGAUACCUAAAAGGGUUUCCCUAGAGAAUCGAAAAAUCCUUCUUAAUAAACCCGACAUCAAAAGGGUAUUUUUGUCCCCCUCCUCGCAUUGUCUUAAGAAGGUACACUAAAAUCUAGGUGGCUUUCUGGUACACAGUCAGCUUCGAGGUGACGUGUCUCACAUUGGAGACUAAACCACGCUCAAGAAUCCGUUGUGGGACUCGUCCCUACACACUCAAAACCAAAAAACAAUAGCCCCCCUAAGGGUACUUUUAUCAUCAGAGAAGUCUUCACGUGUUUUAAUCGAAAUCUGGUCUAUGCCCUAGAUGCUGCUCCUGUUAGCUUCUUCUUCUUCUAUAUCUUAAGGGCCCACGAUCAAUUUAUUGAUCAGUUUGGCUCCUAUGCAUGUAGAUGGGAUUUGCAAUGUUUAUACACACAACUAAAUCGUAGACUGCCAUUGCUCGAUCACAACCUUUACCGUUAUAAAGAUGAAACGGUAAGAAGAUUUACGUGAUAGAUUCACUGAACAUCUUCAUGAUAUCGAACAUGCCCCGGUGUCAUCCCUUUCAUCAGAGAUCAUCGGAGAUAAACACAAAAAUAAAUCAGAUUUUCCCAUCAUGGCCCUAAUGUCCUCCACUAACACAUCGCCGAAAAUUAGAUAGAGGAAACAAAUUCAUCCAGAUUUUCACCAUAUGAAAUCAACCAAAUAAUCUCCUACUAGUGAUCUUCAACUUCCUUGUGUUUUCUUUUUUUUAUUUCUUACAUUUCACAAAUUUCCUAAAUGUUUCCGUUAAAAUCUGAUUUUUUCGCAGUCAUGAUACAUAAAUUGUUGUACUUCUUGUAAUCUUUUGGAUAGAGCAAAUUUUUCGAUUUUUCAUAAUUCAACUUCCAGCAUUUUUUGGUUGUUUUUGGUUUUUGGUGUGUUUUUUUUAUCUUGUCAGCUGAAGACGGCAUUAAGCCGACACUUUCUCCUUUUAUUGUCCUGUAUUUAUUUUUAACACUUCGAAAUAAUUUGUUCAACUCCUUCCUCACACAGUUUGAACGCAGUCCUUCAUUUAAUAUUUUUAGUCUGCUCCCAGCAAGUGAAGUUUUUAAAAAACAUUUUUUUUAACCAUUUUCCCAUUUUCUCCAGUGACAACCGAUCCGGCUGUGACAGACUUAUUAUAAAUCUCACAAAUAUGCAAAGGCACCAACACGCUUUAGUUUUGUUUAAAUACUAUUUGUUUAAAUACUAUUUGUUUAAAUACUAUUUGUUUAAAUACUAUUUGUUUAAAUACUAUUUGUUUAAAUAUUAUUUGUUUAAAUACUAUUUGUUUAAAUACUAUUUGUUUAAAUACUAUUUGUUUAAAUACUAUUUCUUUAAAUACUAUUUGUUUAAAUACUAUUUGUUUAAAUACUAUUUGUUUAAAUACUAUUUGUUUAAAUACUAUUUUAAACUUUAAAGUUAAGUGACCUUAAAAUUUCUUGUUAAACAACAUAAAAAAAAAACUGUUGUAUUUUCAAAAUAUCUAUUAUUCUAUUUUAAGAUGAUUCUUCUUGCUUGAACAGGAACAUAUCUUCAAGAAAUCAUGGUAAGAAUUUUUUUUUUUUUAAACUUAGCUUACUGUAAGACCAGCGGUUCCCGAAAUGUGCAGGCGGGUCGGACGUACAAAGUCAUUAAUUUAUGUUUAAAUUUAAUCUGAUGAUACGCGACAGUUCCUAAGAUAUGAUAAGACCAGCAGUUCUCUUAGUAAAUAAUGUUUGUAGAAGGCAUUACGAAACAAUACAAAAUGGCGCUUUGUGGUAUUAAAUAUUGGUUUCAUCUCUUCGUACCUUAGACUCAUACCAUUUUAAGAUACCUAAGAGUAUUCGCCUUUUCCCGUGGUACGUAUUCGACUUGGAAAGGCUUUGGAGAAAUAUCACGAAUCAGCCAAAAACAGCGAUGAUGAAAACAUUUUGAGAACCGCUGAUCUAGAACAAUUUUGUAUUUGUUUUUAAGAAAAAUAAUUUGUGGCCGGCUUAUUUACUUUUUUUUCGGCCUAGUGGCAGUUGGAAAAAUACAACUUAUUCUUUCUUCAUUCAAUUUAUAAAUAAAUUGUUUUUUUUAAAGGUGAGAGAUUAGAUAAGCAAGACGUCACUUGUUUGGUGGGUGGGAGUGGGGGCGCUUAAAGCCUGGUAUAGCAUGCAACAAGAGCGCCACUUAAGGGAAAUAAUCGCCCUGGAAGACAGAGAAGGGUGCGACCAAUCAGAUCAGGUUGCAUCAAUAAUCAGGUUGCCAACAUGGCUUUUUGCAUCAGAAAAAGCUGCGAACAGAGUAGUUUGCAUCAAAUCAGGUGUCAUGAUGGCUUUUUGCAUCAGAUCAAGCUGCGAACAGAUCAGUUUGCAAGAUGUCUCGUUGCCAGCAAAUGAAAUUUGAAGGGGGGAAAGGCUCCAAUUAUAACCAUUGUGGAGAGGUGACACCAAUUCUAUUGACGCCACUACAAUACUGUUGGAUGGUUGUCAUGAAUCAUCACACAUUUAAUUUCUGUCCCUGAAAUUUGAUUGACUUACAAAGCUCCCUCUCUUACGUAACUAUUUUUAUCAGAGCGACUUAAAAAACAUAUAAAAAUACAUGAUUUUAAAAAUAAAAUUAGAAGCCUUUCUAAAGCAUGGCAUUCAAUGCUUUUUGCAGGAUCUAGUCUUCUUGGAAGCGGCAAUGAUAUGUCUGGUAAGUGAUACAUAAAUCAUCUAGUCUACUUGAAGGGCGACUAUGUCUGGUGAGUAAAUUGAACAUACAUUAUCUAGACUACUAAGAGGUGGCUAUGCAAUGUCUGGUAAGUUAAACAUAAAUGAUCUAUUCUAUUUUGAGGGAAUCAGUAUAGUGUUAGGACGAGUAUAGCAUUUAUAUAUGAAUAAUCUAAGCCCUUGACAGGCUACUAUAACAUUUUCUCACAUUUCAUUUCAUAGGCAUUCUAUGUCUUGAAAAUGUAAUUGUUGAUUUAAAAGCAUUUACAAAGAAUACUAAAGAUCCCAGACAAUGGCAUCUAUUUUAUUUGUAGGCGAUACUUAACGACCUGCAUUGCAUUUCCCUUCCACCCAUUGGCGAUUCUAAGUAGGCGAAUGAGGUGGCCCUUUCUGCUGGCCCUUUCUAGCGGCCCUUUCUGGUGGCCCUGUCUGGUGGCCCUUUCUGUUGGCCCUUUUUGAUGGCCCUUUCUGGUGGCCCUUUCUGGUGGCCCUUUCUGGUGGAUCUUUCUGGUGGCCCUUUCUGGUGGCCCUUUCUUGUGGCCCUUUCUGGUGGAGCAAGAUUGGGGGUAGGGAGGGGGUAUAAAUCGGAUUAGUUAUAACAAAAUAAUUUUUUUUUUAAAUUUACCUUUCGAGUAAAGAAAACGUGUCUUUACACUAAUCUCUGUACAGUCGUGAUUAUUCAUAAUUAGUUAAAGGCCUUACUCUCUUAUUAUCGUUAAAUAGACUUCUUGUUUUGUUUUUUUUAAAUCAGUAAUGCAUAUGUUUUGUUUACAUACGUUUGGCUAAUUCAUUACAAUUUUUUUAAAUCCCAUUUUUAUCUAUGCGCCAUAUAUAUAUAAUAAUAUAAGUAUAUUUCACAUCUUGUCCGGAAUGAUCCGGGAUUCUAUAAAAUGCUCAGAUUUCACACUUAGCCUGAAAAAUAUACAUUUGCAAAAGUGUUGCCCCAGGGCUGUAACAACCUUCUUACCUCAAGGUCUAGAAAUACAAUCGGUCUUGGUGUCGAAGCUUAAAAUAGUCUUUUGCUCCUUAAAUUUCCUAAAUUAUAUUAUUGCUCUAGAAUUUGUUUGUGUUUUUUUUUCCUUUCUGCUUGUCCUUAAACGUUCACAUAUCUGCAAAGAGUUUCAACCGUUUCCUAUUUCCACAGUCAUCGGCAUCAUCUUCACGGCUUUCGUCAUCCCGGUCUCAUCGCUGUUUUCCUUUGACCAAUGAUCUCAACCCACUUCGGCUGAAGCCUUGAAAUUAAAUGCCAAAAAUAAAUAAAUAAAUAAAUAAAUAAAUAAAUUCCUUUAAGAAAUGUAAAAGUUUUCAUCAUAAGCAUAAUAUGCAAAUAGAAUAUACCCGAACACCCCAACCCCCAAAAAAUAAAAUAAAAAUAUCUACAGUUAUUAAACUCGAUUAAAAACGC